AUUUUGUUUAUAAUGGCAAGCAAAUUGUUAAUACAACGUAUUGCUAAUUUAAAUCAUGGUUUCUUAAAAGAUGUUUUCUAUAAGUCGUGUAGAAAGUAUGUAUCAACGUUGCACGUUUCUGGUAGGAACGCAAAUAAAAUUUGCGUAUUUCUGUUGCCUUAUUUGGAUUUCGAUGAACGUUUUGACGAUAUAGAUGGAUUGCAAAAAGAAAUUAAAUUGCGUAAGCUUAACAUGGAUGUAAUAGAAAUGAAAAAGGCAUGGGACUUUUAUAAAUCUAUCGAAACGAAGUAUCUAACUUUAGAGUAUAGAAAGCAAGAGAUCUCGAUGAUAAUAACGUCGUUGUUGAACAAAACAGAAAAAACUUCCUAUGACGAACAAGAGUUGGUCAAGUUACGUUUGCAAGCUAAAAUGAUCAGAGAAGAUAUGAAAAAUGUCAAGGAUAUCCAAUGGGAUUUAGAUGAAACUAUUAUAGAAAAAUUAUUAAAAUUACCUAAUAAAUUAGAUGGAAGAACACCACCGUCAACGCCACUGAUAUUGCAAAACGUUGGAAAACCAUUCAUAUUACUGGAGAAUAAUAAAAAGAAUCAUAUCGAAAUAGGGGAAACGCUUGAUUUAAUUCAAUACAAAGAUCCGAUGAAUUAUUAUUUGUUAAACGAUGCAGCCUUAUUUGAAUUUGAGUUAUUAAAUUUUGCUGGAAAAAUGCUUACUGAUAAUAACAUAAUGAGAAUAACAGGAUCAGAUUUUUGUCGUAGCGUUUUAGUAGAAGGUUCUGGUUUAAAUCACCAGAAUCCUGCAGAUACUUUUAUAUUAGAAAAUGAUCAAGAGCCCGUCACGGAUAUAAUCAGUCAUAUGCAUUUGGUUGGCGGGACAAGUUUAUCAUCCAUGUUAGGGCUUCAUGCGAAACAAUUAAUAAAAUCGGAUCAUUUACCGAUAAAAUAUUAUUCCGUUGGUAGACAAUAUACACCAGUUUCUAAUGAAACUAUGCUGUCUGGUUUAUUUUCUGUUGCUCAAGCAUCUACUGUAAAUAUCUUCUUAAUAUUAAAGGAUAUCGAUUCUACAGAGAGGACAACUGAAUUCAAUAAGAUGUUAAAAAUUAUUAACGAUUUUUAUAGUAACAUUACAAAUCAUUACAGAGUUGUUAUACGAUCAGCACCAGAGUUACUAACGUGCGAAGAAAUGAGAGUGUCUAUCGAAUUAUGGUCACCUUUCUUAGAACAAUAUAUCGAAGUUGGCCAUCUUUCUUUACAUGGAAAAUAUUUUAGUAAGAGAUUAUUAAUAGGAUAUGAAACAACAGAUAAAGUUAAAGAAUUUACUUCGAUUAUAUCUGGUACGAUGCUUUCCGUACCAAGAAUAAUAGGAUGUUUGUUGGAAGAAAAUCCUGACAAAUUUGUAAUGCCUUCCAAGAUCCUUAAACAAUUAUCUGAUUAUCGUACAAUAAACACGGAUAAUUAAA